CAAAGCCUGCCCCAAAAUAGAAAAAGAGCAAGAAAACACGAAACAAACACACACGGUGUGACCUGGCCUGAUAUUACCCUCCCCUUGUCCAUUGUGUGUUAAUAAUCAGCUGCUAGACACACCACGUACACAUAAUCUUUUACCAUUGACCGCCGACACAUUCACACACAACAAUGGAAGAUGUUAGGGCUAGCUCCGCUUUUGUCGCCGCUCAUUCCUCCCACGUCACUGUUGAUUCCGAAGGGAUAGAGAAAGUGGUGGAAAGUGUGGAGAAUUCGAUACCGAAAGUGGAAUGGAAUUAUGAAGGGAUUCAUUACUUUGACAAUGGUCCUUUGACUGUUCAGUACUUGUUUGUUUUGGAUGCUCUUAAUUUCUGCUUUUGGCCUGACAAGGAUUUAAACUAUGAUAAUUUGGCUUCUGGAUUGAAAGCAGCACUUGAGAACGACCAGUCUGUGUUUGAUGCUGAUCGACUUCAGAAGUAUACUGGCCCUGAGUUGCGUGAACUGUUGAAAUGGCCAAGACCUCUCCCUUUGGAGGAUGAACGUGUUCGCUUGUUGCACGAGGUUGGGUUUGAGUUGGAGAGAAGCUUUGGGGGAAAGGCAUCCAACAUUGUGGAAUCUUGUGGAAAAUCAGCUGCAAAGCUUGUUUCUACUAUUGCACGCCAUUUUCCUGGUUUUCGUGACCACACAGUGUACAAGGGUCACCAAGUUUUCUUGUACAAAAGAGCUCAGAUAUUUGCUGCGGAUGUAUGGGGUGCAUUUAAGGGUCAAGGAUAUGGAGAAUUCAGUGAUGUGGGGCUAAUCACUAUAUUUGCAGACUAUAUUGUCCCUGCUGUUCUUAAGCAGCUCGGAGUAUUAAAGUAUAGUUCAACUUUGGCCAAUAUAAUCGAGGAUAACAAAGAAAUUGGUUCAGGCACAGAGGAGGAAGUUGAAUUACGUGCUUGCUCUAUUUACGCAGUGGAAAAAAUGAGAGAUUUGAUACAAAAAAGAACUGGAAAACAGGUCUUGAGUGUUGAAUUGGAUCUUUGGUUGUGGGCAUAUGGCAUUUCUAACCCUGCUCUGCAGCAUCAUCGUACACUAUCCAUCUAUUACUGAGCUAGGAUUUCUGCUGCUAUAUCCGAAUCUCAGUCGUUAUGACUUAAAAAGUAGCAAUUUUGUCUAAAAUGCGGAAAUUAUCACAUGGCUGAUGUCCAUAAAGUUUUCUUACUUAUAUAAUGUUAUAUGCGUACUGACAGUAACUUGGUAGUUAUUGCAAGUGCUGCUGUAGGAGCAUUCUAUUACAUGAUCUUCUUUUCCUUUUUUAUUGACCAUAAUACUUAUCGAUGAGCUUAUUCAAAAUGCAA